GCUCAUCUUCACUGCAUAUCUGCCUCCUUAAAAACAAAAAUACCAUGGGAAAGCUCCAUACUGUUCUGUGUACUGUUCUAAUUCUCGCGGCGGCGUUCCGGAGUGCGGUGGCGUUCGAUUAUUACACUUUCGCGCAGCAGUGGCCAGCUGGCCGAUGCUCUGUACGUGACGUACCAUGCUAUCUGCCCCUGAUCGACUACUUCACAGUGCAUGGGUUGUGGCCCUCACUCUACGGGGGAGGCUCGAUCACGCGAUGCGGGUACAAGAACGGGCCAACUUUAGCGAUGGAACUAAAUAACGAUGUCCUCGGCGCCCUCCCAGUAUUAAUGCCUCAAAUCUUGAACUUCCCCAACCUUGUAGGUGACCCGGACCUAAACUUUUGGGCAUAUGAGUGGAGCAAGCACGGGAGCUGCGCCCCGCUGCAGCCGGUUGAUUACUUCAUGGAAAUAAUCCGGCUAUUCGGGGACAUCAACCUCCUCCAGGUUUUGGGAAACCAAAACAUUGUGCCGGGUGGAACCUACGCCGCGAGAGAUUAUCGCGCCGCAAUCCCUAACAGCAAUGCGUCGAUCAAGUGCGGGUUAGAUUUGAACGGGAGGUAUUUUCUCGUCGAGAUCCGACUCUGCUACGACCUCAAUAGGCAGCCGAUGGCUUGCCCAUACUCGGGUUUCAUGUCCUGCGGCGGUCCACUGAGCCCCGUUGACUUCACGGCAGUUUAAUUUCAGUUCUAAGAGGAUGGGAUGUGAUUAAGCUUGGGAAUAAGGGAACUUAAUUGUUGGGAUUAGGACUACUUGAACACGGUUGUUGUUUUAGUACAAAUAAAGUCAAGUUGUCUGUUCUCGUUAAGUCUCUAUUUGGUCCUUAUUGUCUUAAAGUAUGGUUAGUUGAAAAAGCAGGCUGUUUAAGGUUGUUAAGGCUAUUUAUUUAUGUAGUAUCUCCUUCGUUGCCAAACAAACAAACACAAACGCAUCAUUCUCCAUCAAACGUAACUCCAAAAGGAAAAAGUACCCCACAAACAAACACAUCAUUCUCCAAUCCAUCAACGUAGAACACCAAAAAUGAAUCCCAAAGUGCCUU